CUGGAAGAGCCAUCAAUGGCGGCACUAAAAGCUUACGCAUCAAGUAACCCGGAUGAAGUUCACACCGACGUGCUCCUUAAAGCGAGACAAGAUUGUUACAAGGCUCGUGACGCUUUUUAUUCGUGCUUGGAGAAAGAAGCCAACAAGAAACCGACUGAAAUCGCCUCUGUGGGCCUCUUGUACCCAGUUGAAUGCAAGAAAUCGAGGGCCGAGUUCGUCAAUAAUUGCCGAGCUUCUUGGGUGAAGCAUUUUGAUAGAUUGUAUUGCAAAAACAAGAGGGUACAGAGGCUAUUGGACGAUGGUGGCCAGACAAGGAGAGGAGUGUAAAGCCGGAUUGGGAAUGCAAGGAGGUCUAGAAUGGGCUUAAGACUUGCUGCAAUUUUAGGGGGUUUGGUUACUUCUUGUCAUGUUGUCUGUGGAUCUGAAUUAAAAUAGUGUAUUUGAACCUAAUACGAUUCAUGCU